AUGCGAAGAGAUCGCGCCGCGUACCGAAAUAUCCGCUUCCACGACGCCUCAACAGGCGCAAGUAUCGGAAGUUUUUACCAGAAUAGCUCCAUCACGGAAGAAAACCUCAUCUGGAUCCUGAACGAUGUUCUCUUACUUGAUCCAUUCGAGUUACUGAUGAGCCCUGGGUUGCUCGACUCUGUAGCCACUCUGUCUCUUCGGGAGAUGGAUUCCGAGAUGGGGCUCGUGCCAGAGAUGGGAAAUGUGUUGUAUCCGCACAGAAUUGAUCACUCAUGGCAGGACAUCUGCACACUCGCUUUGACCAGUAUCUAUUCUCUAUACACCCAGAUGAUGGUUACAAGAUUGUUGAAUUUGGGCCUGGUAGCUGUGGGAUUGACGGAAGAAUAUUGGAUCCUAUUUUGCCGCGACUCAAACACUGAUGGUCAUGUCUCGGAUGAGCUGCUGCGAUGGCACUUCCGACAAUCUGUGCUUGCCAAUAUGCAUGGUGCAGGAGAGCCUAUCUUUGAGUCUGACUUUCCCUCUGGUCAGAUAUGA